GCAGUUGCUUGUGACUCUUCGCGACGAUUUGUUGUCACGGCUUGUUCUCUAGUUCGCGAUCUUCUGUCGCCAGUCGGACGUUUGUGAUUAUUAUGUUUUGUUUGUGUCUGGUGUUUUGAUUGUUUUGUUUUGAGUUUUUUUAGUAACUUUGAAAUCAAAAGCCGGCUCCUUUUUUUAUUUUUAAGUAUUGGUAUCCAGAGCCUGCUCCACUCUAUUGAUUGUUUCCUACGGCGCUGAAAUAACUUUAAAACCACUGAAAGAGAUUUGAUUUUAACCGCAGGACGGUAUUUGACUUUUAUUUUAAUAGGUUAUCAAGCAGAAGAAAAUAUGGAAUUAACAAGAAGAAAACAUAACUGAUGCAACAUCCAGCAUAGUCAUUAUUUAUUGUUAGUCAACAAAAAUGACAUAGAAAGAUAAAUAUACAGGAUAGGAAGGGGAAUUUCCUAUAAGUGAGAGUAGAAUAAGUAAAAACUGUAAAAUAUUUAAAAUAAAAAAUCAAGAAAUGGAAAGCAACUUCAUUUUAUCUGCUUUUUUAGUUCUAGUCAUAUGUAGCGUGAAUGCUAAUGUAUAUCUACAUCGUAGACAACGAAAAUCUCAAGUCUUCUCACCUAUAACAACGAGAACAAGUCCGAAACCUAACAUAAUUUUAAUCUUAACUGAUGAUCAGGAUGUGGAACUGGGAUCACUAAACUUCAUGCCGAAAACAUUAAAAUCCAUCCGAGACCAUGGAGCGGAAUUUCGCCAUGCCUACGUCACCACUCCGAUGUGUUGCCCAUCUCGAUCGUCCUUAUUGACGGGAAUGUACGUUCACAACCAUUUUGUCUAUACCAACAACGAUAAUUGUUCGAGCACGCAAUGGCAGGCCACGCAUGAAACCAGAACCUUUGCUACAUAUCUGUCGAAUGCUGGAUACAGAACAGGUUAUUUUGGAAAAUAUCUCAACAAGUACAAUGGUUCAUACAUUCCACCAGGUUGGCGAGAGUGGGGCGGAUUAAUUAUGAACUCCAAAUACUACAAUUAUUCUAUUAAUAUGAAUGGCAAGAAAAUAAAACACGGAUUUGAUUACCAAAAGGAUUAUUAUUCGGAUUUGAUAGCAAAUGAUUCCAUAACCUUCUUAAGACAUUCUAAGAAACAGUACCACAAUAAGCCAGUGAUGUUGAUGAUGUCGUUUCCAGCACCUCAUGGUCCUGAAGAUUCAGCACCUCAGUUUUCUCACUUAUUUUUCAAUGUAACAACACACCAUACGCCAAGUUAUGACCAUGCUCCUAACCCAGACAAACAAUGGAUUUUACAAUUUACAAAACAUAUGCAACCCAUCCAUCGAGAAUUUACUGAUCUCUUGAUGACUAAACGUCUUCAAACGUUACAAUCUGUCGACGCUGCUGUACAAAGAGUCGUCCAGGAGCUUGAGGAUAUUGGGGAGUUGGACAAUACAUAUAUUAUAUAUACCAGUGACCAUGGGUAUCAUUUAGGCCAAUUUGGACUAGUUAAGGGUAAGAGUUUUCCCUUCGAGUUCGACGUCAGAGUUCCGUUCCUCGUCAGAGGUCCUGGAGUUGAACCGGGAACAGUCGUCAACGAUAUCGUUCUCAAUAUAGAUUUAGCUCCAACGUUUUUAGACAUGGCUGGAGUGGAACCUCCUCCACACAUGGAUGGACGAUCAGUAUUACCUCUGUUCCAUAAUGCCAAAAGGAAGAAAUUUAAGUGGCCUGACACUUUCCUAAUAGAGAGUUCUGGAAGAAGGGAAGUGCCGCAUUCGGAAAGAAACAAGCAUCGAAAUACUCCAACUCCGACAUCUUUCAAUAUUACAUCAGACACGCCACUGACUACUAGUUUCCCGGAUUAUAAUUAUUCAGACUUGUCUUCAACUGUUCAAAACAUGGCCAGUGUACAAACUACGGAAUCGCAGCGAAUAUUUGAAUCAUCAGAAGACGCAUCAUCGUUGAUUUCUGAUAUAGAUGAUGAUGAUGGUAUAGAUGAAGAUGGUGUUGAAAAUUCUACAGAAGAAGAAGUAGAUCUAGAAGAGCAGACAAAUUUGGAUAAUGUAGAACUGGCACUUUCACGAAUGGAUGAUGGAGAUCGACAGCUAGACAAUAGACUCGUUCCAGUUCUGCCUCCGUCUAAAGUUGAGCGAUUGGCUGUUGAAUGCCUAAGGCCGGAAAUGAGACUGCCUUGCCAAAGAGGUCAACGAUGGUACUGUGAGAACGAGGCUGGACGAUGGAGAAGGAGGAAAUGCAAAUUAGUGCCGCAAAAUACUCAGGGACAAUAUAUGAUUCCUUUACCUUCCAAUAAGGCCUACAGGAAAUGUGCCUGUUUUACCCCUAAUGGUCUUGUAUAUAAAAAAUUGCCAUUACAGAGUAUAUCAAGGAGUAGGUAUUCCAGACCUAGUAGCAGCAGCAGAAUAAAGAGAGAUACAACAUUGGAAGAAGUAAUCUUCGAAGACGAUGACGAUGAAGAUGAAACAAACGAGUCACAUAUUUUAUCUAAAAGGGAACGCAUGCUUAACCUCGAGCAUUUGGAGAAUGCUAUGGAAGAUGUAGAAGAUCAGAUACAUGGACUAAGGCUCCAAAACGCAACCCUAGCUAAUGAUCCUUCCUUAAAAGUUAACCUCGACACCAACUCCAUCGGAACUCCAGCAUGCUUUGUCCAGAAAGGAAAAAUAAAUUGUUCAACUGUGAUUUAUAAAGACAAAAAAACAUGGAGACGUUCACGACAUCGAGUAGAAAACGAAAUUCAAGAUUUAAAGCAUAAAUUAGAAACCCUCAAAGAAAUCAGACGUCAUUUGAAGAAUACAAGACCUUUAGAUGACACUGACAAAGGAAAUGGUACCGAACUUAACGCUUUUAAUGAUUUAACUUUCCAAAAAAAUAACUUACAUGUAGAAGUUUCCAAUAACCCUGGAAUCUUUAGACCAAUGCCCAUUGGUACUAAAAUUAGCAGCAAGAAGCGUAGAAGAAAGCCUGUUACUCUACCAACAGAACCAAAACCGAUAAGAACUACGACAGAAACGACUUCUACAUAUGCUACAUCUUAUGGUACAUCUGGUUAUACUAAUGAUUUUGAAAAUGUAUCAGCUACUUCUCCAGCGGCCGAAAUUACAACAGCACCGUCUAUAGAUAUUACUAAUCACCACAGGCAUGGACAUAGGUCUCAUGCUAUUACUUUGAGGCCAACAAUGACAACUACAACCCCGAAUGUAGUUUCUUCGACUAGGAACAGGAAGAUUCAAAUUCAAAAGCCUCACAAACCAGAUGACUUAAUACCACUCCCUAGAAGAAGAGUGAAGCCAAACCUAUGCCACUGCGAAAUAAAAGAUCCUUACGUUCCAGAUGAAGAGGAUAUUGAAAAGGAGAAGAAACGAAGAUUGAAGGAAGAGCGUCUAAAGAAAAAACUUCGAAAACAGAAGAAAAAAGAACAAUUACAAAGGGAAUGUGGUUUUGAAAAAAUGAAUUGUUUCCAUCAUGAUAACGAGCAUUGGAAAACAGCUCCGUUUUGGACCAGCGGACCGUUCUGUUUCUGUAUGAAUUCUAAUAAUAAUACCUAUUCGUGUGUUAGAACUAUUAACUCCACGCACAAUUUUCUGUAUUGUGAGUUCACUACUGGAUUUAUUACUUACUACAAUUUACGUAGAGAUCCUUUCGAGCUUCAGAAUAAUGCGGAUUCCCUAAAACCAGAAGAACUUUCUUACUUACACGACCUUCUGGCACGUCUUAUGGCUUGUAAAGGUAGAUCUUGUACUGUCUCACAUUAUGGACCACCGCACGUAAAACCUAGAAGUAGAGCGAAUAGUUUACCCAUGCACUCAAAUAUUCAACAUUCGUAUAGGAAGAAAAAGUUUACAGAGGAGGAAAACGGGAGCGAGGCAACACGAGGUGUAUUACAGCUGGUACGACCAGAUUUGAAAAGAAGAGAUAAACUCAGCAACACUACGUCUUCAAGAGAUAUUACGAAUAGGAAAAGAAGAAAAAUAGAAGAAAGAAGUCACUAAUUCGCUUGAUAUUCUCAUUUGACCCUUUAACGUGAAUUUAGAUAUUCACAAGUUUUUGUUCAAAUAAUUUGUAUUAAGUGAUACUAGAUAGCUCCAAGACCAAACUAGCAAUAACUUAGCGCUUUAAAAGUUUGAAAAUUAUUUAUUAAUUUAUUAUCAGAAAUGACUUUUUUUAAAUUAUGCCUUUCUUUUCAAAACCCAUAUUGGUGUUUUAGUAGUAGAAAAGGAGUGAUAUUUUGGAGCAUAAUAUUUCUGUCUAAAAUACCAAAUAUUAUUUAUAGUUUCCAGAAUUUGUAAAAAAGCCCCUUACGAUAAACGGAUCAAAUUUGUAA